CAGCAAAUGCAUCAGACUGUUGCAGGGCAUGGAUGGAGGUCGCAUGCUAGUACACCUGCUCAAAAUUUACAUCUAGGCAGACAUGGAGCUGGCUUUAGCUUUGAACUUAUUGAUUAACCGAGAGAGUUUCAAGCUACUGCUCAUAAGUUUGCUGUGGAAGAAAUUAUUCCUGUCGCUGCACAAUAUGACAAAACUGGAGAGUAUCCUCUUCCACUUAUAACACAGGCUUGGGAACUUGGUCUUAUGAAUUCACACAUACCAGAAAGCUGUGGUAAUGGUUUUGGCCUUGGCACUUUUGAAGUGUACCUUAUUACGGAGGAGUUAGCUUAUGGAUGUACAGGGGCUCAAACUGCCAUUGAAGCAAAUUCCCUAGGGCUAAGUUCUAAAAUGCCAGUGAUUAUUGCAGGAAAUGAGCAUGAGCAGAAGAAAUACUUAGGAAGAAUGACAGAGGAACCAAUGAUGUGUGCUUACUCUGUAACAGAGCCCGAAGCAGGCUCUGAUGUGGCUGGUGUAAAAACAAAGGAAAAGAAAGGAGAUGAAAUUGUUAUUAAUCGUCUGAAGAUGUGGAUCUUAAAUGGUGGGAAAGCAAACUGGUGUAUGUUUUUGCUAGCUUGUACCAGUCCAGACCCAAAAGCUCCUGCAAGCAAAGCCUUCACUGGCUUCUCUGUGGAAGAAGAUAGGUCCAGACUGGAAGAAAGGGGAAGGCUAUUUCUCUGA